CCCCAUACGAGGGGGCCCCAUACGAGGGGGCCCCAUACGAGGGGGCCCCAUACGAGGGGGCCCCAUACGAGGGGGCCCCAUACGAGGGGGCCCCAUACGAGGGGGGCCCAUACGAGGGGGCCCCAUACGAGGGGGGCCCAUACGAGGGGGCCCCAUACGAGGGGGCCCCAUACGAGGGGGCCCCAUACGAGGGGGCCCCAUACGAGGGGGCCCCAUACGAGGGGGCCCCAU